AUGCUGAUCACAGCGGAACCUGGUUUUGGUAUGGAGUGUGAAGGACUGCGCAAGAACACGGUGCGUUGCGACUUUGGCUUCCUGAGACGUGAUCUAACCGUGCUGGAACUGCACAAUUUUGUCGAGCAUUAUCUCGAUCUGCAACCGGAGCAAGUGAAAUUUCUGCAGUGGAACGGUAUCGAGCGCUGUCUGUAUCUGCGCUUGGAUAAGCUGAUCACGGCCAAGCGUUUGGUGGUGCUCAACCAUCGGCGUCAUACGUACCCGGAGGGGAGCCAGGGGUCCCGUGUCGGGCUGAAGCUGAUGGAUGUUCCAGCGGAUGUGCUGCUGUUCGAUCUGUCCGAGCUGGUGACGGACGAGCAGAUAAAGGAGAUCAUGGAGCAGUACGGUGUGGUUCUCGCCAUCGGCCACAGCCAGUGGGCUCCCGGGGUCCGCUUCGCAGGCAUUAGCAGUGGCCAGCGGCUGGUGCGGAUGGUUAUCCGUAAGACUCUUCCGCGCUAUGUACGCAUCGGGAACGAGCUGUCGACCGUCUGCUACACCGAUUGCGACAAGACAAACAACUUCUUGGGAUUUCGUAUGCUGCAUAACGUUGUCCGUGGCUGGCGCUUCAUGGGCCGCGUGGUACGCUCAAUCACGCCGUAA